AUGGUCAAGUCAUGGUAUCUGUUGUUUUGGAAAUUUAAAGGUGGUCCAGAUUGGAUUGUUGAGCAAGAGCUUGCUGAAAAAGCACUCAAAAGCUGGAGAAACAACAUGAUAAAAGAACAUGAACAGUACCAGGACGAGCUGAAGGACAUAAACCAGAUGGAGGUGAUGCCAGCACCAGCACCAGCACCACCACCCCUGGGUCCGAUGAUCAGAGAGAUCUGCAUCAACUCAGGUGCGGCCUUCACCAGACUCAGGUGCCAUCUCACAAAUGAUGUCUGCUACAAUCUCGGUGUACACCCUGUGACUCCAGUGAUUCAUAUUUGUGAAGAUGAGACAAGGUUUUCUGACCUUUUGAAAGGCAUUCCAGAUUACCUUGACCAGUUUGUCCAAGAAGAAUACUACAAGCCAAUGGCAGCAAGCUGUGGUGUAGUCCAGGAAAACAUAUUUGAGUUCAAUGAGGACUCUAAUCAGAAAUAUUUACAUUCAUUUGUUGAUGUCUUCCGGUGUUGCAGUGUGCAGGUUCCUAAAUACCUAUACCUCAAGUAUUUGGAGGAGGGCCUUCUAGAUCAAAGCCACACCAUUGGCCAGCCCCAUGAUUUAAAAGAUCUGGAAUUUUUUUUUGAGAAGUAA